CUUAUGUUAGUUUUGUCUAAUUUUAAUACAUGAUGGACAUUCUUACCUGUAUUUUUAUGUCAAUACUUAUGAUGGUCGCUGAUGGGUUCAUCGUGCACGGUCCCGCUGGUCCUGUGAUUGCUCCUCUGGGAUCUUCAGUGGUUUUGCUCUGUUAUGUUGAUGAACUCUUACUAAUGGAGGAUCUGGAGGUGGAAUGGAGAAGAACAGACUCAGAGGCUCUGGUUCAUCUGUAUCAAGAUGGUGAGAGUCGACCAGAGGCCCAGCAGCAGGAGUAUCAUGAUAGAGCUCAUUUCUUUACUGAUCAGAUCCAACAUGGAAACUUCUCUCUCCGUCUGGACAAUCUGAGAGCUGAAGAUGAGGGACGAUACACAUGUAGAGUUUACAGUCAGCAGGAUUCUGGAGAAACUGUGGUUCAAAUAAAACAUGAGUGUUUGCUAGUAUCAGGAUCAGAUCAGUCUGUUUCUGCAUAUGAUGGUGAGGACGUCACUCUGAGCUGCUCUGUAGACUCUUACAUCAAACCUGAACACAUUGAAAAGGUUUUAUGGAGGAAAACAGAUGGAAAUAUUCUGGUUCUGCUCUACCAAAACAAUGAGACUUUCUCAGAUUCAUCAGAUGAACAAUACAGAGACAGAGUUGAGUUCUUCACUGCUGAGAUCCCCAAAGGAAACUUCUCUCUCAGACUGAAGAGUGUCAGAACUGAGGAUAAAGGAGUUUACAUGUGUUUAGUGUUUGCUGGAGGACUUUCAGCCAAUGCAACUGCAGAACUGGAGCAACUGGGUUUCUCUUCUUGGCACAUAGCUGUGUUAUUUUUCUGUUUUGCUGCUACAUCUGGAGCUGUGCUUCUGCUCUGCUCUCUGAACUACUGCAGAUCAAAAAACACUGUCAACAGCAGCAUAAUCUGGAAUCUUCAGGUUUCUCUGGUCUUUUAUCCAAACAUCUGUAUGUUCUUUGCCUUCAUGCUUUGGGGCUUUACUGAAGGAUCUCUGCAUGAGACUGUCACCUGCUGUGCUUUUUAUAUUCUGAGACCUGAAAUGUUGAUUUGGGCUUUGCGCUAUUUAAAGUUUAUUCAAGGCAACUUUAAAUCAUGGAUCAGGUUUUUCAGAAUAACAAGAGAAUUUGCUGUUUUUACGGUCGUUGUUUAUUCAGUUCUUUUUACCUAUGACUGGAGAAAGAGAGCACAUGAUACAGACACCAAACCUCGCAUAUUUUCUGCAGUAUUAUUUGGAAUUGUUGUGCUGAGUUGUCUCAUCUUGAGUAUAGUUGAUGUCUCAAGGCGUCCCAGUCAAGAACGGCCAAGCAGGGCUUCCCAAUGCAACCAAACUCUAAGUUGCAGAUACAAGCUCUUUAUAUUUUGUCUAAUUAUUUCUAUCCUGUCUGAUUGUCAACUGUUCCAGUUCAUCAUCUUAUUUAUUCCCUCUGAAGAAAUUUUUGUUGUGGGAGUUGUUCAGCCACUACUGCUUAUCUUUAUACCACUUUUACCUCGUCUGCAAGCAGAAUUCAAAUUUCUCCGCCAUAGAUGGAUAACAUUAUUAUGGAUAAUAACAAUAACACUCCUGGAUAUCAUCCUAUUGAUUUAUUUUCUUCUAGCCAUAUUGGCAAGAGAGAGAGCCCCCUGA